AAAGGUUGGAUCUAAAGACUCCUCCAUCACUCAUUAUUCAUCACCAUUAGAGAAACAACCUAUUACUUUCAUGCUAUCAUGGAAGGAGGAGGAAAUGAUGAUCACCACCGCCACCACCAUCAUAACCACCACCACCGUCGUCCGACUUUCCCAUUCCAAUUACUCGGGAAGAAAGAAGAAGAUAACCAGCCUUGUUCCACAUCUUCCACCACCCUUCCUUUCCCUUGCCUCCCCUCCUCCUCCUCCUCAGCCGAUCAAACCACCAUCACCACUCGUUCCGCAUCAAGCUACCAGAUCUCGGCGGAGCCUUCCAAAAUCCCACCCCCUAAGCGUACUUCAACCAAAGACCGUCACACGAAGGUAGAUGGACGUGGUCGUAGGAUCCGCAUGCCGGCUCUUUGUGCAGCUAGGGUUUUUCAACUCACUCGUGAGCUGGGCCACAAAUCCGAUGGCGAGACGAUCGAGUGGCUGCUCCAACAAGCCGAACCAGCCGUGAUCGCCGCCACGGGUACCGGCACCAUCCCCGCGAACUUCACCUCCCUCAACAUCUCGCUCCGUAGCUCCGGUUCGAGCAUGUCGAUCCCUUCUCAGCUUCGUUCAUCGGGUUUCAACUCCAACUUCUCGAUGCAACAACGUCGAAGCUUGUUUCCCGGAAUCGGACUCGAAUUGACGCCGUCCACGACGUUCCUUAACUUCCAAUCGAGUAGUAAUUUGAAUCCAAUGUUCCAAGCUAAGCAAGAGUCUUCCAUGGAAAUAUCCGAAGCCGAAGAAGGUAGUAUAACAAGGAAAAGAAGACACGAACAAGAUUUAUCUUCGCAACAUCAAAAGGGGAGUUACUUGUUGCAGUCGAGCACCAGCGCGAUUCCGGCGAGCCACGCACAUGUUCCGGCUAACUUUUGGAUGUUAACUAAUCCCAGUAAUCAAGUCAUGAGUGGUGGUGGUGUUGAUCCCAUAUGGACAUUUCCUUCAGUUAACAACAGUGGUUUGUAUAGGGGAACUAUGUCCAGUGGGUUGCAUUCCAUGAAUUUUCCAACUCCGAUGGCCUUGUUGCCGGGACAACAAUUGGGUUCCGGCAGUAGUGGCGGCGGUGGCGGCAGUGGUGGAAGUAGUGGCAUAAGUGAAGGACAUUUAAAUAUGUUAGCCGGAUUGAAUCCUUAUAGGCAAGUCUCCGGCGGAACCGGCAUAUCGGAAUCUCAAGUGAGCGGCUCACAUUCACACCACGGCGGAGAUGACUGCGGCGGCGAUGAAUAACAACAUCAUCUUUGCUUCAUUCGAAUUUCAAUCAGUUGUGUUAGUUUGAUGUGUAACGCAAGUGAGGACUGAGGUUUGAUUGCUUCUUUUUUUUCUUCUUUUUUUUUAAAAAAAAAAAACAAGAAUCCAGUUUUUACUAUACUGAUAAAAAAACAAGAAAUUAAUUAUUAUUUUUGGGAGUGAUUAAUAUGAGAUUAGGGUUUGAGAAGAAGA